CCCAUCCUUAGCCCCUCCCCGCGCCGCCAACCCCUCUCCACUAGGCUCCCGAAAAGGCUUGGGCAAGUGUUGAACAGGCGGGGUUGGUCAGCCUCUAAAGGGCAGCUCUUGGCUUUCUCUGUAUUCCCGGUUGCCACAGCUCGGCCAGCCGAGUCCCUGCGGAUGUCCUACGCUCCGAUCCUGUGAAACAUUUACGGUUUUGGAAUUUAAAGGAUGUCAUCAUGGCAAAAUUUCGGAGAAGGACUUGCAUCAUUUUGUCACUUUUUGUUCUAUUUAUUUUCUCUCUGAUGAUGAGCUUAAAAAUGCUGAGACCAAAUACAGCUACUUUUGGAGCUCCUUUUGGACUUGACCUUCUUCCAGAACUUCAUCAACACACUGUUCAUUUGGGGAAAAAACUUGAUUUACCAAAGAGUGACAGAAUCAAGAGUGAAACCAAUACCAAGAAUUUAAAAAGUGUUGAAAUCACUAUGAAACCUUCCAAGGCCUCUGAACUUAGCCUUGAAGAACUGCCUCCUCUGAAUUACUUUUUGCAUGUAUUUUAUUACAGUUGGUAUGGAAAUCCACAAUUUGAUGGUAAAUAUAUACAUUGGAACCAUCCAGUCUUAGAACACUGGGACCCUAGGAUAGCCAAGAAUUAUCCACAAGGGAGACACAACCCUCCAGAUGACAUUGGCUCCAGCUUUUAUCCUGAGUUGGGAAGUUACAGCUCUCGGGAUCCUUCUGUCAUAGAAACUCACAUGAGACAAAUGCAUUCAGCUUCUAUUGGUGUACUUGCACUAUCUUGGUACCCCCCUGAUUCAAAAGAUGAGAAUGGAGAAGCUACUGAUAACUUGGUACCGACUAUUUUGGAUAAGGCCCAUAAAUACAAUCUAAAGGUCACUUUUCACAUAGAACCCUAUAGCAAUCGAGAUGAUCAAAACAUGUAUGAAAAUGUCAAAUAUAUUAUAGACAGAUACGGAAAUCAUCCAGCCUUUUACAGGUAUAAGACAAGGACUGGAAAAUCUCUUCCUAUGUUUUAUGUGUACGAUUCCUAUAUCAUGAAGCCUGAAAAAUGGGCCAAUCUGUUAACCACUUCAGGGUCUCAUAGUGUUCGAAAUUCCCCUUAUGAUGGAUUAUUUAUAGCACUUCUAGUAGAAGAAAAACAUAAAAAUGAUAUUCUCCAAAGUGGUUUUGAUGGUAUUUAUACGUAUUUUGCCACAAAUGGCUUUACUUAUGGCUCCUCACAUCAGAACUGGGCUAACCUAAAAUUCUUUUGUGAUAAAUACAACUUAAUGUUUAUCCCAAGUGUGGGUCCAGGAUACAUAGACACCAGCAUCCGGCCUUGGAACACUCAAAACACACGGAACCGAAUCAAUGGAAAGUAUUAUGAAGUCGGUCUAGCUGCUGCACUACAGACCCACCCAAGUUUAAUUUCUAUUACCUCUUUUAAUGAGUGGCAUGAAGGAACCCAGAUUGAGAAAGCUGUUCCCAAAAGAACGAGUAAUACUGUGUACUUAGAUUAUCGGCCUCAUAAACCAAGUCAUUAUCUAGAACUUACUCGCAAAUGGUCUGAAAAGUACAGUAAGGAUAGAACAACUUAUGUAUUAGAUGAUCAGAUGGCUGUUUCUUAAGGGACUGAUUAAAGGUUAAUAUUAAAAUCAUCUAAUUUCAAGAAAUACGUUCCUUUUCUGUUCAAUUUUGGAACAGUACUGUCAAAAUCAAUAUAUACUAUUAUUGUUAUCUUUAUUAAAGU